UGCCCCGUAGCGCGCAGGCUGGAGCCGGGGGUGGCGGCGGCCUGAGGGGUGGGAGGCUAGGCGCGGACCCGCCCGUCACCCGCAGCCUCAUGGGCUGCGCCAGCCGCCUCUCCCGUUUACAAGCUGUAAAACCCCGUGAGAGAACGUUGUUCCUUGCGCCCGGGGCGGGGGAGGUUUUUAACCGCGCCCUUCCUCGCCGUGCAGCCCGUGCCGUCUCUGUGGGGAGGCCGGGGUGAGCCGCCCGGCGCGGAGCCCGCCGCCAUUUCCCAGAGGCGGGACAGGAGAGGCGACUGAGGGAGCUCCGUUCUGACGGCAGUACAAAACUCAGGCCGCCGCCGCCCCGCUUCGGCCCCCAGCAGCGAGGAGAGGCUUCGGCCGGCGCCAGCCGCCGCGGGAGGCUUUCCCCGGGGAGCGCAGAUGGCGGACGAGGCGCUCUUCCUGCUGCUGCACAACGAGAUGGUGGCAGGGCUGUACCGCGCCGCUGAGCAGGGUGAAGGGGAGAACGGCCGCUGCACCACCAAGCUGGAGAGCAUGGGCUUCCGCGUCGGGCAGGGGCUGAUCGAGAGGUUUACAAAAGAUACUGCCAGGUUCAAGGAUGAAUUAGAUAUUAUGAAGUUCAUUUGCAAAGACUUUUGGACAACUGUAUUCAAAAAACAAAUUGAUAACCUAAGGACUAAUCAUCAGGGUAUUUAUGUCCUUCAAGACAACAAGUUUCGUCUCUUGACACAAAUGUCUGCAGGAAAGCAAUAUUUAGAACAUGCACCAAAGUAUUUAGCAUUUACCUGUGGACUAAUCAGAGGAGGCCUGUCGAACCUGGGAAUAAAGAGUAUUGUAACAGCUGAAGUUUCGUCAAUGCCUGCAUGUAAAUUUCAGGUGAUGAUACAGAAGAUAUAGAGCACAUUCAAAUCUGGAUAUCUACCUUAAAAAUCCUUUGUGUGUGGAUUUAGUAUCUUGGUUCAGCUUUGUAAGUAGCUUGUAAAUUAUAGCAGUGUGCAGCACAUUUCCAAAAUAUAUAAUAAAUGUUCAUAAAACUAAACUUAA